AUUUGUAUUCGAACUUCUGAUUACGUGCUUCCGCUCGAGAGUUGUUUCACAAAUCUGAUUGAUUAACUGAUGAGAAAAACAUUGCAAUGCAAUUAAAUACAACGUUUUGGAAAUAUCGCAACGUGUGUGGAUCAGUCAUGGAGAAGCGAAUAAAGGCUGUCGUAUUUACGUUUUUGAUAGUCAUCUAUCAAGUAAAAGUUGUAAAUUCAUCGUCGGAAAAAAGUAGUUCUUCAAAAUCUACGAUUGCGACCACUAACGUGCCUGCAGAAACACACACGGAAGUGAUCGACAGGUCCACGACCGUUUAUUCCGCAAACACCACCACCAAACCAAAAGAUAAAACAACGGAGAUGAGAUGGCACUUAGACAUCAUCGGACCAUGUAUCGGCGGACUACUAUUACUGGACAUAGUACUUAUUUUGGCAGUAUGUUAUACAAAAAGAAGGAAGUCCUGCGAAGGAAAGCAAACUGCUAUGGACAUAGGAACCGACGCAACAUGCUUACGCAUUAUUCAUGAAGAGACCGAAGCCAAACAAAGCACCGGAAGCAUGUAUGCGAACUUCGAUGAAUGUCAACAAUCAACUGACGAGAUCUACGUCAAUGAUGAUAGUGUUCGAUGCGCUCCUUCGGUUGACUAUUCCAAUGUUCAGGUGGUUUCACAUGAGAUUCAAAGUUACAAUGAAGCAGCUGAUCCUUCAAUGAUAGAAAACUUCGAGAAUCCCUUCUAUGAUGUUGACAACCUUGAGAAAAAUGACCAUGCUAAUGGAAAUCAAAACCUUGUAAGUGGUCAAACAUUAUCCGAUGAACAUGGACAUCAAGCACAAAGUUACCUUUACAGCGUUGUCAAUAAACCUAGGAGAAACUGAUUGGCGGGAAAUAUGUGUACAGAAACAUGGACAUAAAGCCAGAAUAUAUUCAUUUGAUAGAUUAUUGUGCAAUGCUUAUCUGUUGCGACACAACACCAUUCCCAGUUAUGCCAUGAUUCGCCAGUAUUGCACUAAGAGUUUGGACAUACUAUUUCAUGCAUAUAGUUUAUUUCAUUUGAUAUGUAAACGCAGUACAGACCGACCUUUUUCAUUGAUUAUGUUUCAAUGAUAUUUAAAUGUGAAUUGGUUGAUUUUAUUUGUGUGCAUAUAUAUAUGCUAAAUACAUAUACAUGAGGCUUGACAUUGGUGUGUGAUAUAACACUUGGGCAAGCAAUAAAGGCUUCCCGCGUUACGGUUUAUCGUUUUUUCCUGAUAAGAAAAUUCACACCCAGUUGAGUUUAAGUGCUUAUGGUCAUUAUUGUAAUUUUGUACAAGUGUACAUUGGCUGUGUUUAAAUAAAAAACUGUCACAAAUU